AUGCCAAACGAAACCGCGGGUAAGCCUCCUAAGGUUUUCCAAACUAAUGGAAAAUUACCACGUGGCAGUGACCCCACAUGUGAUGAUGUGGAGUUCACCCAUGAAGGCGAGGUGGUAGUGACUUCUUCCGACGGGAAGAAGUUUCGCCGUAGUGUUUGUGUCUUCAUCAUGAACGAAAACGGCCAUUUCCUGGGAUGUCGGCGGUACGAUGAUCGCAGCACAAUACAGUGUGUUCAAGGUGGUGCGAAGAGGGGUGAAACGGUUCAACAAACUGCGACUCGUGAAGUAAUGGAAGAGAUCGGGGUGCACUGCGACCAACUUCAGUUCAUUAGUGAGAUCACCUACUCGAAACCUGAGUGUGGCGAACCCCAGAACUGUGACGGACCACGUUCUGCCUUUCGCUACAAAUCUAAAUCAUGGAGACGUAUCGGAAUUGUGGGUCAGGAACUGUAUCCCCUUCUCUAUAGUAUGCAGUCGUCUGUCAUAAACCAUUUGAACUUCCAUUCCGUUCCGGGCACCAGACGGGAAUUCAUCGGGGCAGAGUGGGUUCCACUUCAUGUUUUGCGCAAUAAAUGCUCAAAGUCGAAGCAGGUGGCGGUAUCCAAUAUGUGUGACGCUGUCGAAGAAAUUUUGUGGGGGCAAUCACGAUCUCCACGCCGUGAUUCACACUCUGCUGAUGCCGGCAGGUUGAAUGAGUUGAAGAAGGACAUUGGAAGCAGCUCACAGCACGAACUUGGGGACACGAUGAAUGACAUGGUAAAUAGUUGUCAGCGGAAACGACGGCGUAAGAGAAAAGGGAAGAGUGGGAAUAAGAAUCAAUUGUUACAUGAGGAGGGAGGUUCCCUUCAGAUGAAUUUACUUGGAAACCCCACCUCCUGCGAGUGA